AUGUCUCUCGCCAACGUCAACGAGAUCAUCCUCGUGCUCUCCGGCAAGGGAGGCGUUGGGAAAUCAAGCGUUACUACACAGCUGGCUCUUACCCUAUCACUGAGAGGACACUCUGUUGGAAUUCUAGACAUCGAUCUCACUGGCCCUUCCAUGCCGAGAUUUCUUGGUAUCGAAUCUUCGAAGGUCAAGCAAGCACCAGGCGGCUGGCUUCCUGUGCCUGUGCAUGAAAGCAAAGACACGACUUCGAGCACAUCAGACAACAACAAACCUAUCGGAUCUCUUCACUGCAUGUCGCUAGGCUUUCUUCUUGGCAGUCGAAACGAUGCAGUGGUCUGGCGUGGACCCAAGAAGACAGCCAUGGUCCGCCAAUUUCUGUCGGACGUUCAUUGGGGCAAACUGGACUAUCUUCUGAUCGAUACACCUCCUGGUACCUCGGACGAACACAUCUCACUCGUGGAGACUCUUAUGAAGAAUGCAGCCCCUGGUCAAGUCUCUGGAGCUGUGGUCGUGACCACACCACAAGCAAUCAGUGUCUCCGAUGUAAGGAAGGAGAUCAACUUCUGCAAGAAGACUGGCAUCGACAUUCUGGGUGUUGUCGAGAACAUGGCCGGGUUUGUGUGCCCCAAUUGUGCGGAAUGCACCAACGUCUUUUCAAAGGGUGGUGGAGAGGUCAUGGCCAAAGACUUCAGUGUUCCCUUCCUUGGCAGUGUACCCAUAGACCCAGCCUUCAUUGCUCUCAUUGAGGAGGGAAAGCGACCAAUCUAUCCGGAAGGCACAGUCAUCGCUGGUCAGGACAUGUCUGCUCAAACGGAUGUGCCCGAUAACGACACUGGAUCCUUGAACCCGAACGGAGCCGCAACUACCUCAAGCUUCUCGGACUCUUCUCUUUCGCAGAGUCGAGAUCAGUCACCGAUAGGACCAUCGGGAGAUAUUGUUUCUCCUCCGACAUCGACCAGUACUUCGCAUUUCACAAUCAGUUCGCUAUUGUCCACGUCACUGUCCUCUGUUAAUUUCGUUUUGCCUACUCAGACUGAUUCUGACGCCCCGACCAUUGCGCUUAGCAGUCCUGUCUUUGUAUCACGAUCAAGCACCUCGACUAUCCUGCAGCAGGUCUCGACAACAGCAAGCAGCUAUAACAGUCUAGUCAUACCGACUGUAAACCCUGUCUACGCCUGUCCUAGGGACAAUGGCAUGUACUACUCGGAUACCAAUAAUCGUGUCUACCAGCUAGUCUGUAGCACUGAUGAGCGAGACUCGACCAUCGAAACAACUUACCAGUCGCAACUGCAGUCCUGUGUCGAUGCCUGCGGCGAUGUCGUUGGAUGUGUUGGAGUUUCAUAUACUGGAACAUCUGGCUUGUGCGCCUACAAGAGUAGUGUCAUCGAUCAAGUGGACUCCUCAGUCUCCGAUUCUGCCAUCCUAGCUGAUUAUAUCUGCCCUGGCGCUGAUGGUACUCGCCUGGUGGAUUCUUCUGGAUCAGUCUAUGAGAUUCUCUGCAAUACCUUCUUCCCUACAAGCAGCAACAUUACCUCGAGCUUGGUGACUGGCGACUUGGCCUCUUGUUCUGAGAUAUGCUCGUACAACGAAGACUGCUCGGGCUUUACGUUCCAAAACGGAUCUUCUACUUCUACUGGGACACCCAAGUCAUCAGAGAGAAUGGCAACUGUGACUUCAGAAACUAUCAUAGUCACCUCGCCUGAUGCAGCAUCGAGGACAGACCUUGCUACUCAUUCAACAGGCUUGGCAAGCCCAACACCAUCUUUGUCUAAUACCACAGAGCUUACAAUCACUCUUUCAAGUAAUGCAGUACAGGAGCAGACAGCCAGCCCUACGACUGUGAUGGCCCAGGCCACAGCAGAGGUUCCCAACAGCUCAAGCUCGUCAAUUGUCUCUGCGUCGAUCGUCUCAGAGACACGCAGCUCUAAUACUAGAGCUUUGGAUAGCAUGCCCUCAAGCUCCAACGCCCCGUCGAGCAUUACUUCAUUGGCGUCAGACAAUAGACCGACAACUAUCAACCGAUCCUCGCAAACGUCAACAGCACUUUCGACUGCAUCGCUCCUAAGCGCCACCCGAAGCUUUUCUUCUUCAAACACUGUAUCCUCCGAUGUCAAUACCAUUUCUGUCACGACAGUCACCACAGCUUCGUAUCCUGUUGUAUCGUCUAGCCUGCCUCCCGAGACAAAUUACUCUUGUCCUGCGGUCAAUGGAGAUCAGGUUCAAGCGAACACAGGGGGCUCGUACACAAUUGGCUGUGACCAGGAGACCACAGGAUCUGACGUCCUGGUGGCCUCUGCGCCAGAAUUUAAUGACUGUAUGACCUACUGUGACCAAACCCCAGGCUGUACAGCUUGGACCUGGUCUGGAAGCUGUUACUUGAAGACAGGGACUUCUACGUCUGACUUCUCCUUUCGACCUUCUACUCGAGGCGCAGUUUCUGGUAUAAGAUCAGUUCCAGCUGGUGUUUCAAGUCUUCCACAAAGCGGCGCUGCAGGUUCCAUUACCAGCUCAUCGGCAACUAUAGCACAAACAGACUCUGUAGAUUCGACCAACAACGGACUCGGAGCCUCAUCCACGGUAUCAUCACUGCCAUCUCAGAACUUGCCGACAACUCUUGGAGAAUCGACUAUCCUUGCUUCGGAUCGAACAUCUGUGCAGGAUUCUGGGGACGUCACAUUUAGCACAACGUUUCAGGGCAGCACAACACGACUGCUACCACUUAGCGUCGAUACUGUGUCUGACUCGGAUCAAGAGAAUACCGCAACUGCAACUAUCACGAGCGACCUUAGGUCGACUUCCGCAAUUGCAAGCAGUGAUGUCCCACUUACCACUACAGAUGAUGGUAUGUUGAUGAGCCUGUCGAUGACACCACACACUACUUUCCCGACCUCUUCCGUUCUUGCACCUUCUAUUCCAGUGCCUUCCAUCACUGUCGCUACACUGUCAUCCACCCAUCACAAUAUCACGCCCACACCAUUGUCGUAUCCAUCUCCAUCAACGACUUGCUCGGUCUUCGACAAUGUGCUCGACGUCUGCCUCGAUUCAGUGAUCACGCCCUCCUUGGGUGGAAGUGAUAUUGGUGUUGGUUUUGGAAGCAGCACCCUCACAGUUCUUGAUGCAACAGCCAGUGUGGGGAUUGCGCCCUCUGUUGCAGCGAGUGCGGGUUUUGGCAUAUCUGUUGGAACAAGUGGAGUUGUCGUAGGAGCAAGUGCCAGCUUGUAUGUGAGUCCUGGCAUCUUUGGCUCCUCGAACCCCACCCCAAUCACAUCUAUACCGUCAGCAUCGUGCUCCGUUGGCGGAAACGCGCUGAACGUUUGUAUAGACGCUGCCAUUACUCCUUCAGUAGGAGUCGGCGGCAGUGCAAGUGCUGGACUCGUGAUUGGUAGCAGCACCAUCGCUAUUGUCGGUGUGUCAGUGUCUUUGGCUGUCGUGCCAUCUGUGACAGCAGGUGUGGAUGUUGGGCUCUCGACUGGUACAAGCGAUAUAAGCCUGGUUGGAAGUGCGACCAUAGGGGCAAACCUCAAUCUCAAUGCUUCUGGGAUAAUCACGGCUGGAAUACUGCCAAAUAUCUCAGCUCCCACAUCAACUGCGAAUUGCUCAGCCGGUGGCAACGUCGUCAACUUGUGUAUGGAUGCAACUGUUGCAGCAUCCGCCAGCGCUGGCCUGAACCUCAAUCUUGGACCCAGCAGUAGUGCGCUCACCUUGCUGGAUGCAUCUGUCGCGCUUGCACCUUCGGCCGCAGCAGGAGUUGAUCUCGGUCUUUCGAUUGGUUCAUCUGGUUUGGGUCUCACUCCAAGCGCUACCUUGGGCUUGAGUCUGGGUCUGGGCUGGUCGGAUAACAACAUCAACAUCAACGUCGACUGGAUCGUCGACUGUCACAGCUACAUCCAUCGCGUUGCUCCCGACCUCAGUCGGACUGAAUGGAGCACUUGGGCUUGGCUUUGGCCAGUCAUCUUCAUCAACAACAUUCAUACCGUCCACCACGUCCUCGAUCUCAUUCGCGAUGACUUCGAGUCCAUCUACAUCCAAACGAGCAACCAGUACCUCAAAUGUCGUCCAAAGCCUACUGGUGCAUGGUGUUUGUAG